AACAGUUAACAUUACGAACGGUCACAUUGACCACCGCGUGCAGUGAAUUUUUUUUGGCCAGCAGCGCAGAAAAAGCAGCUGAAAACUGGAAAAGACAGCAUAAUAAAUCGUCGUGCCGAGACAAUUGAAACGCGCGCCCGCCAUUUAACGAGGAUUGUCAAUAGUGUUUGCCGUUUUUCAUUUGUUGGCCACCGAUUCCGGAAUAUGAGUGAUACGCGUGAGCAGAUUCUGGAGCAAAUCAAAGUGCAAGGCGAUCUCGUCCGACAAUUGAAGGCAGCGAAGGAGUCAAAGGAAAAGACGGCAACCUCUGGCGGCGGGCGCGCCAGCUCGUCCGGCGUACCAGCCCAACAACGACAACAACAACAACAACAGCCACAAAAACAACAACAAGCACAAGAACAACAACAACAACAUGAGCAACUGCAGCAGAUCGAUGAAGAGGUUGCCCGCCUUCUGGCCUUAAAGGCCAAAUUGGGUGGAGAUGCCCCGCCCGCCAAUCAAAAGUUCACCCUGAAGACCCCAAAGGGCACCAGGGACUAUGGUCCCCAGCAGAUGACCCUACGCCAGGGCGUUCUGGACAAGAUCGUUCAGGUAUUCAAGCGUCACGGCGGUGAAGCCAUCGAUACGCCUGUUUUCGAAUUGAAGGAAGUGUUGACGGGCAAGUACGGUGAGGACUCAAAGCUGAUCUACGACUUGAAAGACCAGGGCGGUGAGAUUCUAUCGAUGAGAUAUGAUUUGACUGUGCCGUUGGCUCGUUACCUGGCAAUGAACAAGAUCUCGAGCAUCAAGCGGUAUCACAUUGCCAAGGUCUAUCGACGCGACAAUCCGGCCAUGACCAAGGGUCGCUAUCGGGAGUUUUACCAGUGCGAUUUCGAUAUCGCCGGAACUUAUGAUCCUAUGUUGGCGGAUGCCGAGUGUGUUAAGAUUGUGUCAGAGAUCCUGGACACCCUUGACAUCGGAGACUAUGUGAUAAAGCUAAAUCACCGUCAACUGUUGGACGGCAUGUUCCAGGCGUGUGGAGUGCCAGCGGAUAGCUUCCGCACCAUCUGCUCGGCUGUGGAUAAGUUGGACAAGUCUCCCUGGGCGGAUGUACGCAAGGAGAUGGUGGAAGAGAAGGGUCUGGACGAGGCGGCAGCGGAUCGAAUUGGCGAGUACGUUCGGCUGAGUGGCGGUGCCGAGCUGGUAGAACAGCUGCUAGCUGAUGAAAAACUCAAGGCUGUGCCCAAUGCGGUGAAGGGUCUGGAAGGCAUGCAGCUGCUUCUCAAGUACUGCUCCAUCUUUGGUCUGGAGAAGCGCAUUAGCUUCGAUUUAAGUCUGGCCCGUGGCUUGGACUACUACACCGGUGUGAUCUACGAGGGUGUGCUGAAGGGAGAGUCCGCUGCCGUGGCUUCACCGGUAAAGACAUCACAGCAGAACGGAGAGCAGGCGAAUGAGCCGGCUACCGUGGGAUCUGUAGCUGGAGGCGGUCGCUAUGACAACCUAGUAGGCAUGUUUGAUCCACGAGGCAAGGCUGUACCCUGUGUGGGCGUCUCCAUUGGCGUGGAGCGAAUCUUCUCGGUUCUAGAGGCGCGGGCUGCCUCAAGCGGUCUGAAGUUGCGUACCAGCGAUGUGGAGGUUUACGUGGCCUCUGCCCACAAAGGACUACACGAGCAGAGACUGAAGGUUCUCAACCAGCUAUGGGAUGCGGGCGUGAAGGCGGAGCACUCUUAUAAACUGAACCCUAAGCUGUUGGUACAGCUGCAGCACUGCGAGGAGCACCAGAUACCCUUAGUGGUUGUACUUGGCGAUGCGGAAUUGGCACAGGGAUUGGUCAAGCUGCGUGAAGUGACCACGCGCCAGGAGACCAAUGUCAAACUAGAAGAUUUGGCUGCUGAGAUACGGCGACGGCAGCAGACUGCCUAGGCUGUUUUUUUUUUUUUUUUUAUGACACUGAUAUUAGCAAAACAAUAGCGCUCCUGCUCCUAAUUUAUGAACCAUCCAGCAUCGAAGUAUACAUAUAUUUUUUUUCCUAUUUGUACGUUUUGUAUUUUUGGUGUCCUGGCCGGAGGCGCCACGUGCUACUAUGCUUAGGUCUACAGUGUAACCAUAGGAAUAAGUGCGGACAACUUAUACCAAAAUGAACACUAAAAAGAAACAAAUAAACGCUUAAGCGACUUGCAUUUAA